UCCGCAAUUCGGAGCGCAGUGCACUCGGCAGCCAGGACCUUGUCUCGAAAAAAAGAGAGGAAAAACUCAGCAGCCAGGACCAACGACGCGGCGGCGACGGCGAGCGUGACCGCGAGCGCGCCCAGUCUCCCUACAGAUCCGCGCGGCGGCCGGCAAGUUUCAGGGGUCAUCUGCACUGUAAGCUGGUAGCUGAUUGAGAAGAGGGGAAUACCAGCAAUGUUCUCCUUGUUACAUGGUCUAUGGAACCAUGUGUUCAGCAAGACAGAGUUCCGUGUGCUCAUCCUUGGAGUCGAUAAGGCUGGGAAGACGACCUUGCUAGAAAAGUUGAAGUCAAUCUAUUUGAAAGGAGAAGGUCUUCCACAUGAUCGUAUUGGUCCAACUGUGGGGCUUAAUAUUGGACGUAUUGAAGAUGCAAAUGUAAAACUUGUUUUCUGGGAUCUGGGAGGUCAGCCUGGCCUAAGAACUAUAUGGGAGAAAUAUUAUGAUGAGGCUCAUGCUAUAGUAUACGUUAUCGACUCUGCCUCCGCAUCAACAUUUGAAGAUGCCAAAUCUGCUCUUGAGAAAGUGCUUCGUCAUGAGGAUCUGCAAGAGGCACCACUACUCGUAUUCGCCAACAAACAGGAUUUACCAGCAGCUGUCACAGAAGAAGAAUUGGACAGACAUCUUCACCUUAAAGAGUUUGAUGAGAGGCCAUAUAUGUUUGUUGCGGGAUCUGCAUAUGAUGGGACGGGGAUCAAACUGGGUAUCGACUGGUUGGUAGAAGAAAUGGGAAAGAGUAGGCGCACUGAGGCUCUGAGGGCACGCACCGACACAUAUGCGAAGAUUUAGCACCAUGACUGAAAACUCUGGUAUAUUCGAUUUUGAGAAGCACAAAGCAUUUGAGGACGCUGGCUGAUGUCGUUGGUCUCUGUGUAUACGCACUUUAGCAUAAUGUCAUGAUCAGUUGAAGCCCAUCGUCAUCCUCACUCUGCUAUAGCCCCAGAACAAAAUGCCUUUUGAUGUGGCUCUUGCAGUAGUGAUGGCAGAAGCGAUUGUUCGUUCAUUACUCCCAAGGAUGUACAGUCAUUACUCGUUUGGAUUCGUGUUCAUAUGAUGUUCCUUUUCUUGAAACAUGCUGAGUGGCAAAUGUUGAGCACAUGGUAGCUUUGUACGUCCGCAAUGGUUGUCCCAUAAUUACAUGCUGAUGAGUGGCAAUGUUGAGCA